GGAGUUGUGUUACCAUAGCGACUGUAGAAUCACCUCAACAGAUUAAUGUAGUUGUGUUACCAUAGCAACCGUAGAAUCACCACAGAUCAAUUACUAUAGUUGUUGUGUUACCAUAGCAACUGUAGAAUCACCACAACAGAUCAAUUACUGUAGUUGUUACCAUAGCAACUGUAUAACAAUAUAAACAAUACAGUAAUAAACGAUUACAGUCGUUUUACACAGUCUCCACACUGGUUAAACAGGAAGAAAAGAGAAAUAUGAUGAAGUAACUAUAUAAAAUAUGAUAAUAAUAAAGAUUCAGGUGGUAUGACAGAUCUCAUCAUAGUUUUGGUCAUAGGUUUAAUGGUACUUUUAUAUAAUCCUGAGGGAGAAAUGUGUGUUUUGAAAACGAGACAUGUUUUCACCUCGGACCUCUUAAAUGACCAUCUUUAUAAAGCCAGACAGAUUUAAAUGUGCUCUAUGCUGAUGUGAGUGAUUAUUAGAUAAAUAACGUGUUUUGAAGAAUGCAGUGGAAACAAAACAGUUUAACAACUAAUAAAAGCGUUUGCGUGUUCUGACCGUCUGUGAUUCUGAAUGCUGGUGCUUUUUGGCCGCGCUCGAACGCCGUACGCGAACUUCCAAAGUACAGCAGCGUGUUUGUGUUGUUCUGCUGAUUCUCAGCGUCUUUCUUCAGCUUAAAGUCCAGCAGAAUCCGCGGAGAGACGCUCUUCUUCCUCCAGACAAGCGCUGCAGAGCCAAACACAGCUGGAGCUUUAUUCUCAGAGGUGUGUUGUGCAGAUGGGCAGCUGGUAUUAUGUGGGAGUGGACGUGGGCAGUGCCAGUGUGCGGGCAGCUCUGGUCAGUCCAGACGGACGGCUCAGAUGCACAGCAGAGGAACCAAUCGCUGUUCAUGAGCCCUGUGUAGACCACUACGAGCAGUCGUCCACUGAGAUCUGGAGCAAGUGCUGCCAGACGGUGAAGAGAGUGACGGAAGGCAUCGACGCAGCAUGUGUCCGAGGGAUUGGUUUUGAUAGCACCUGCUCUUUGGUGGUCCUGGAUAAGCAGUUCCAGCCAGUGGCUGUCAACCUCGCAGGUGUGAAUGACAGGAAUGUGGUGAUGUGGAUGGACCACCGCGCUGCUGCACAGGCCUCUCGCAUCACAGCCUGCAGACACACACUCCUGCAGCGGGUGGGCGGAGUCAUGUCUCCAGAGAUGCAGCCGCCCAAACUACUGUGGCUGAAAGAGAAUCUGCCGGACUCCUGCUGGAGGCGCGCCGCACACUUCUUCGACCUGCCGGAUUUUCUGUCCUGGAAGGCUACGGGCUCCUUAUGCAGGUCUCUGUGUACUCUGGUGUGUAAGUGGCUGUACUCGGCAUCUGAAGGGUGGGACGACACUUUCUGGAGCGCCAUCGGCCUGGAGGACCUGAUUGAGGACAGCUACACUAGAAUAGGCGAUCAGGUGUGUUGUCCUGGGGCAGCAGUGGGCAGGGGUCUGACAGCAGCAGCGGCUGCAGAUCUGGGUCUCAAUAAGGGAACCGCAGUGGGGGCUUCACUCAUAGACGCUCAUGCUGGAGGAAUAGGUGUGCUCGGUGCAGACGUGUCAGGUCUCCAACUGCCCUGUGAACAGCAGCCGCUCACUGCCCGCAUGGCCCUCAUCUGCGGGACGUCCUCAUGCCACAUGGCUGUGAGCAGAGAGCCGCUGCUGGUCCCCGGGGUCUGGGGUCCGUAUCUGUCCGCGAUGCUGCCGGGGCUGUGGCUGAAUGAGGGAGGGCAGAGCGCCACGGGGAAACUGGUGGAUCAUGUGGUGAAGGGACACGCAGCGUUCAGGCAGCUGGAGGAGCAGGCGGAGCGCAGUGGAAGACACAUUUACACACAGCUGAACCUGCACCUGCAGCAGAUGAGCACAGACGCCACACACCUGGAGCAGCUGACAGCACACCUGCACAUCUGGCCUGAUUUCCACGGCAACCGCUCGCCUCUGGCGGACCAGACGGCACGCGGCACGGUGGUGGGCCUCAGCUUAUCUCAGACGCUGGAUGAUCUCGCCCUGCUGUAUCUGGCAACACUACAGGCCCUCGCUCUGGGCUCGAGGCACAUCAUAGCCGCCAUGACUGAAGCAGGACAUGACAUCACAACCCUCUUCCUGUGUGGGGGCCUGAGCAAGAACACACUGUUUGUGCAGACGCACGCAAACAUUACAGGGCUGCCUGUGGUGCUGCCGGCGGAGCGAGAGGCUGUUCUGCUAGGAGCUGCUGUGAUCGGAGCCUGUGCUUCAUCUGACUGCACAUCUAUACCGGAGGCCAUGAGGAAGAUGAGCAGAGUCGGGUAUGUGGUGCGACCCAACCCCGAGCUGCAGAGCUUCUACAGGAGGAAAUACAGUGUGUUCCUGCGUCUGUACCAGCAUCAGAAGGAGUGUGUGUCGCUGAUGGAGGAUUAACAUCUGUAUUACUGCACACACACACACACACACACGCACACACACACACACACGCACACACACACACAUCUGCAUAAUAAAGUACAGAUGUAGAAUGGAUCAGUAUGGAUGUGUGAGGCCGUCUGCUGAUUACAGGUGUUUAGUAAUGCUUAAAAAGCUUCA